UGGAUAUUGAAAGCGCAUGAAAUGAAAUAUUGGAGCAGCUGAUAGGUCGCCUACUUCUCGAGUUCCAUGGGUGUAUGAGUUGUUUCAUGUCUUUUCCAUGGAAUGUCUGACCAUUGUUCACCGAGGCCCCAUGAUAAUAGGUUGUCUGAAAAUUCCAGUCAGAGGUCUUCCGAGGGACAAGCAACUUCACACUCAAACACACCUCCGAAGCCAAUAGCGUUAUGUCCACUCGGUCGACCGAUUCACAACCUUUCGUUACUAAGAGGAAACAGUAUCCAAAUUGGUUACGAUCUAAAAAGCCCUUCACACAAGUGGGCUGCCAGCGAUCGCUUGCGCCUCAUCCAUUUUCUACAAGAUAUUCAGCUUGACCGAGCUCUGGAUGUAUUGCCGGAUAACUAUACCUAUGAAGAUCUGCUUAAAUGUUCACUAGAUGAGCUCCGUUCCGUGUUUCUUGGAUGCCUCACAGAGUCCGAAAUAAGCUCCAUUUAUUCAGAUUUACAUUCCUACUCAUCCAGUAGAUAUGCAACAGAGCCGUAUUCACGUUUUGAGGAAUGCCAACCUAGACGGUAUUCCGAAACUUGUCCAUCUGAUCAGGACAGACAGUUGCCUACAAGUGCUCAUCACCGUUCUCGACCUCUUUUGGGUUCAUUUUCAUGCGCUUCUUCGGAACCCCACUCAGAUUUUACAGAAACCAAGUUACAUUCACCAUGUUUGGCAACUUCGGAAGGAAAAACGUCUGGUAAUGAAUGCAGUGUAUCAAAAACGAAUAUAGAACAACUGUCUAAAACUGUAAAGCGUGCAUCAUCUUUUGGCUCAAGUGAUAUCCAUCAAAUCUUAUCGAACUACAGCUCCUUUUCCCUGUCCACCUCAUCGGCUUUAACUGACAGUCACUCACUGUCCUUACAGGAAGGUGGUAAUACGAAGUGUACUAGAUUUUCAGGACCAUGUUCUACCUAUACUCGCCUAUCGAGUUCGGAGCUUUGGAAAGAUUCUCAGUCACGAAGUAUCUGUGAUGACCAGUCUAAAGUCAAACCAACAGCGAAUUCCGUAGUACCAGUUUCUUCUAAGAUUCAAAAACAACAAGCAGAUGCGAACGCAUGUUCUAUAUCUUCAAGUGUAUCAUAUUCGAUUCCAUUUUAUCAGCAUGUCAGUAGUGCAGUACAAAUGUCUCCAUACUUUUCAAGUCGCUUGUCAAGUUAUGAUGGACACUCUAUCCCAGGUACUUUACUACGAAUAAAAGGUAGUUUUAUUGGCCAGUCUGCACCGAACUUGCUGAAUUAUACGCGUGAUCGCAAUUAUAAUGAAUUUGUACACUGCAGAGAUUCUUAUCGAAAUCUCUCGUCAGCUUAUACACCACCUGCAAACCUAAAAAAUCCUGAAUCACUAGUCAAUUCAAAAGCUCCUGGUAGCCCCGAAUGUGAAGCAACUGUUAGACAGCCCAAAGUUUCUACCGAUCCAUCACCACUUGGAUCCACCUCGGGAGUCCUUAAGGAUAUCAAUGAGACUGCCCGAACUCUUACAUCACUCUCUCUUCAUGCUCACCGUCGUAGCAUGUUAGUGAGCGGCUUGGGUAGCCUCAGUGGUAGUAGUGGUUGCAUGGCCGAUCGAAGUAUGUCCAGUCCUGCUCCUUCAAAUGAACCUGAUAGUCCAGUUUUUUCCGCUGCUUCUCUUGCUCAUAAUGAUAUGGCAUACUUUUUAUCGCCGAAGAGCAGUAUUGUUACAUAUGAGCCACUACAGCUGAAUCGAUCGUCUGAUCUCCCUGGUGAAAAUUUACAGACGGAAACACCGUGUACUUUCCAAAGUAUUAGUCAGCAAGAUAAAACUGCAUCACAGCUAAUAAACCCACAAACAAACUUCAAAGCCUUCACAAGUAAAAAUACUGAUACUCUUUCUAUUCGGGAGUCUGGUGAUGCAUCUUUAUUUACUGAGAAACGUAGUUUCAUUCCACGCCUGCGCUUAGGAAAUAAACAUAAUCUGGAUUGUCGUCGUUGGUCAUUAGCCUCAUUACCUUCGUCUGGUUAUGGUACAAAUACUUCAGAGAGUGGCAGUCAUUUAUCUCGUAGUCGAUGUUCAUCAAAAGAAAAUGUUUCUCAUGGUCUUCAUCUUCAAACUAACACACAGUAUGCAAACGAUCGUAUAAUUUCUGCUCGCUCAAAAUAUCAAGCAUCCACACAAACCCCAAACAAAUCCUUACCAAUCGAACGUUCUUAUUCUAUGAGAUCACCCUCCAUACCUGUUUAUUCACAGUUGCCAAAUUCGACAUCCCCUUUAUCAUUCACUUCAUCUGUUGGUCAAAAUGCAAUUUCACCAAAUUUAUGUUUCACAUCACGUUCACUAAAGGAAUCGUGUACCACAGAGACGGGGAAUGAUAUUUUACCUCCUAAUGUUUUACCUUCCUUGUUCACUUCAAGUUAUAGUGUAGAUUCUAAAAGCGUACCACACACACCUGUUACUCGGGCAUCACCUAGAAUUACUCAUAGUUCUGUCAGUGUUGUUCAAACAUGCUACAACUCUAGCUUUGACGGUUGUCGUACCCGUUCACGAAGUUUGAGUCCAUUACGUGUUUCAAAUGUUGGUGGUGAACAGGAUAUACUGUUGUUAAAUCAUGUUUAUCGAGAGCGCUUCCCAAAGGCAUCCGCUCACAUGCAAGAACAGUUGGCUUCUCUGGCUGAUGAAAUGGAACAUAUGGAUACAGUAUCUUGGUCUGCAGUAGCAAGAUUUGUCCAUUGUCAAGUAGUCCAACAUGCUCGAGAUUGUUUGCAAAAGGCUCUUUCAGGUCUUGUAACUUGUCGUUAUUUUUAUGAAAUGACUGAAAAUUUGAGCAAACUUGUCGAAGAUACUCGUACUCGUGACGCGGAUUCUAUUCCACUUGUCGUUACAUUUAUCCGCCGACUACUUUUGAUUAUUGCUCGGCCUGCCCGAUUGCUUGAAUGUUUGGAGUUCGAUCCGUCUGAAUUUUAUCAGAUGUUAGAAGCUGCUGAAAGUCAUGUACGUCAUCAAACGAACUCCGUUAAUGUACCGGGUUCUCAGAUCAUAUCAGCUGACGUCCCUCUGUACAUUAUUUCAAAACUCGGUCUCAGUAAAACUGUCUUGGAUGAGUCACAGAACAUCAAGACUCCUUAUCUGUGUAGUACUACUUUAAAUGGUUCACAUCAUUCAGAAAAAUUUAAAUCCGAUUCUACCAUAGGAAUUAGAACAACUAGUGGAUCUAACCUGAAUACAUGUGCGCAUAAUGAUGAUGAAAUUAUUUCACGAACAGCGCGUAGCAAUAGUAGUUGUGUUCCGAUCCGUCCACCUUGUGAAGCUGACUUCGAAGUGAUUAAGCUUAUAUCUAAUGGCGCUUAUGGUGCUGUUUAUCUUGUAAGACAUAAAAUAACUAGACAACGAUUUAGUUUAAAGAAAAUUCGUAAACAACACUUACAAUUGCGUAAUCAAGUUGAACAAGUAUUUGCUGAACGAGAUAUUAUGAGUUUUGCAGAUAAUCCAUUUGUUGUUAGUUUAUGUUGUACAUUUGAAACAAAAAAAUGUUUAUGCAUGGUGAUGGAAUAUGUGGAAGGGGGUGAUGUGGCAACUUUAUUAAAACAUAUUGGUGGACCAUUACCAUUGGAUUUGGCUAGAAUGUAUUUUGCUGAAACUGUAUUAGCACUUGAAUAUUUACAUAAUUAUGGUAUAGUUCACAGAGAUUUAAAACCGGAUAAUUUGCUUAUAACACAUGAAGGUCACAUAAAGUUAACGGAUUUUGGACUCUCUCGAAUUGGAUUGAUGAAUCUUGCUACUAAUUUGUAUGAAAAAAAUUUAGAUUUAGAAAAAGACUGUAAAAUGUUUCGUGAUAAACAAGUAUUUGGAACGCCAGAAUAUAUUGCUCCAGAAGUAAUUCUCCGACAGGGUUACGGUAAACCAGUGGAUUGGUGGUCAAUGGGUAUUAUGCUAUACGAGUUCCUCGUAGGGUGCGUUCCGUUUUCUGGUGCUAGUAUAGAAGAGCUCUUCGAUAAUAUCGUGACAGCACCAAUCGACUGGCCCGAGGAAGAAGAAUGGAGAGUUACUCCAUCAGCUGUGGACAUAAUAACAAGACUUCUUGAGCGAGACCCUCUUCUCCGUCUUGGAACUAUUGGCGGAUCAGCAGAAGUUAAAGAAACUCUAUUCUUCUCUGGUCCAGGUUCAGUAGAUUGGAAAAAUUUACUACGACAAAAAGCCGCUUUUGUACCUCAACUUGAACAUGAAGAAGACACCUCGUACUUUGAUCCGCGCACUGAUCGUUACAAACAUGAUGUGGAAAAUGAUGAGGAUAUAUAUAUUCCUAUGGAUUAUGGUAUGUGUAGCAAUCGAUCUUCUCCUGCACCUCAUUUGUCGGUUUCCCGAAAUUUUAGCUUUAAUUCAUCUGCCGAUCAAGGCCUAACGAAUAUCAUCCGGCGACCAGCAGCUUCUCGUCUUGGACGUGCUAAACAACAAGCUGUUGAACAUAAACGUAGUCACAGUUUGGGGGACAAUAAUAAUUUGUUUCUCCGAUCAUUUAUGUCUCGUUCAAAAAGUCGAAGCAUCCGUGAUUCACCUAUAAACACUCCACAGUCAUUUAUGCAUUCAGAACUAAGCAGUUCAAGUUCUCAACGGUCUUUAUGUCAACCAAAAUAUGAUCCUGAAAAAAUUGAACAUGACAUGGUAACUUCUACUUUAACCGCGGAAUCCGUUGCAAGUCGUAAUGCUCUUCACAUGCUGCAAAAUUUAUCAUUAGCCUCCGGAACUACAGAAAAUUCCAUGUGCUCAAAGUCAAUAAAUGAGAAUGUCAUUCAUAGUCAAAAACCUACGACGUCUGAGAUAAAAUUAGAAAAGUUGAAUGUAGAUGUUACUAAACCAGAAGUUAGUGAUGAUGAUCUCGAUGUCAGUCAGAGCAUGGCUGAUGACUCACGUACAUUCCAUUAUUUCUCUUCCUAUUCACCUCGUUUCUCUGUUGUUUUGGAACAAGCUAGAAUGAACGAACUUCGUCUUAACAAUUCAAAUACCAGUUUGAACUCUAACGAAGCAGAUCCUGCCAACGAAAACAAUACGCUUCAUACUUCAUCAUCUCGUAUCAAUCUGACAUCUAAUAAUUUUAAUAUCAAGCAUGUGAAUCCCGAACUUUCUAAAGAAAACUGUAAGUUUGAUCCAAACGAACAACAGUCAAUUACAAAUAAUCAAAACACUAUUUCUUCUGGUUACCCAAUGAAUAAUUUCCAAAUUAACACUAACUCAUCGAAUCUUCGAUCAUCUGAUAUAUCGAGUGCUGAUGAAUCUACUAAAUAUGAUCAGUUCUCUUCCGACAUUAUCAACCAAAGCGUUAUUAUCCCUUCAAUCACCCACACCGGUACUGAAAGUGCGACACCCAUUCUGUUAAACGCCAAAGAGUCAGACAAACAUCCCAUUAUGUCUGAUGCUAGUAAACAUUCAAAGUCUUCUGAAUCGGAUUCUAACUCGAGUUUAGAACUGUUUCAAAACGAUUCGAGCAUUCACUUUUCUCGGAAUUCUACCAGAGAUGAACCAACGAUUUACCAGCCUACUAAUCUUGUUUCUUCUGAAUCCAUUGAAAAACCCCUACAAAUGCCCAUAAAUUCCGCUAGUCUUGAACACUUUGCCAGACACACACCUUCUCAUUCAUCGACUUCAAAUUCAUCUUCAUCUAAAUCCUCUCUUUCGUUGACGGUUCUCACUCCUCAUACAGAAUCGUUCUUCUCUCCCAUAGUUGACCAUGAUUCCGCUCUACAUAAAGGUCCAUGGUUUCUUAAUGUUGAUUUAAAACCAGAUGAAGAACAUAUCAAUGCUUGUUCUCACCAACAUACUUCUCGUCCGUUCAUGUCCUUUAAAAGUACAUCGCCGAUACUUUGUCCAAGCAGCGGAACCUCUACGAUCAAAUCAGAUAUGUAUUGCUCUCACCCAUCAUACUCAUCUGGGCAGUUCCCUUCUGGGCCCUCACAUUUCAACAACAAUUUCUCACGUAUUAUACACCUGCCAGUUUCUCCUGUGGGUCUUAACCCUCCUAUGCGGCCUUUUAUGCCUUACACACAUGGAAUCCCUCGCCAAUCUAUCAUAAUCAAUAAAGGUAAACAAGGCUUUGGUUUUGUUUUCCGAGCUAUUCGAGUUUUCUUUGGUCUAUCAGAUGCAUAUACAUUGCAUCAUCUUGUACUUGAAGUUGUGCCUCAUGGUCCAGCAGCUAAAGCCGGUCUCAAAGUAUCUGAUUUAAUUCUUAGCGUUAACAAUGUAUCGACGAUUGGAAUGUAUCAUACAGAUGUCGUAAAGCUAAUCGUUCAGAGUGGGACUACUUUACACCUUCAUGCAACUCCUAUUAGUCAAACAUUUAUUCGUUCUGAUGGACCAUACCGUUCUUCUGGUCGUCUGGUACCACGUGUUACUUCAACAGCUCAUCUACCUAAUACUGUUAGCAAUAAUAGCACAAAUAUUAUUAGUAAUAGUAAAAAUGAUUACUCUACAAGAUACUCAAAUCAAUUUCCGGAUAAGUACACAUGUACGCCUUAUACGCAGUUUAGUUCCUUAAUGUGUUGUCAUUCUAAUGCUCCUGAAUCAAUAUCCAAAGAUGUUUUAUCACAGCCUUCUGAUGAUAAAUCAUAUGCUUCAGUAUGUACGUCAAAUAAUUCAAGAAACACUGAUGAAGUAGCUAAACGCAUAACUCGACGUCUGACGAUAAGAGAAGCUCGUCACCGUCACUUAAAUAAUGCAGCUUAUGAACCUAAAGUUCAAUAUAUACAACCAGAUACCAAUUUAAAUUGUUGUUUUCAUCAUUCAGACUCAGUGCCAAAUAGUGCCUGUAUAAAUAGAUCGAAAAGUUGUUAUUCUCAGCCAGUAACAACAUGUUCUAAAGGAUCUGCUCAGACUUAUGCUUCUGUUGCUGCUCAACGAUUUGGUAUUUCUUUAGGUCAAACCCCUACUAACCGCAUAAGCUCUAAUUCAGUUUCUCAAAACAAUAACAUGUUUUUCCCAGUACAUCGUAGAUCGCUUGAGAAACCUCUUAUUCGUCAGUUGAGUGAACGACAACAUCGAGCUAUGUUUUCUACGCCAGAUGAUAUUUCGUCAACGAACAGUCCUACAGCGUAUUCCGUUCGCAAUACAGUCCCCUACAGUUCACCUCAUCAAAGUCCUAGGUCUGAUCAUUUUCAAAAACAAAAUGUAUUCAGUUUCCAUAAACCAUCAUUAACUGUCACUUCGUGUUUUUCUGGUCCUUCUUUCCCCUCUUCUGGCCGGUGUUCGGGUGGAGACUUAUCUUCUCAUAGUUCUCCAGGUUCUGGUAGCUCAGCCACUGCUUCGGUUUCUCGACCUUGUGAUUCUACUCAUUCAACCCUAAAUCCAUUUCAACAGGGACGUUUUGGUAGUCUACGGGCCUCCUACCAUUCAGCUACUCAAUUUUUCAAUUCACAUUCGGAUAAUUCAUCAAUGAAACUAACGUUUGCUCGUCAACAUGCACCUAAAUCCACAUUUAUUACACAAAACUCAAAUGGAUCUCAGUGUAGACAUAGUGAUCCUAUUCGACCUGCACGGAUUUCAGAAGACACACGAACUGCUUGUUCCGUUGUACCCAACCUACAAAACUCCAACAGCAAUUUGUCUGGAUCGAUUCAAACACCUGCAUUUAGCCCCACACCAGCACCACUACAGACUCCUGUUCAAAAUACUGACUUGGAUAAAUUCUCAGUUCAGGCAAAUGCUCUAGUGUCAUCAGGUCAAGUUAAGUUACGUAGGCAUAGUCAUCGAUUUGCCGUUCAACAUGUAACCUCACCUAAAAGUUCAGUUGAAAGUAGUGAGGAAAAAUUUAAGAAAUAAUGAUAAUUUUUAAAAUUCAAGUACUUUGAUGGUGAGACAUCUUUUUCUCCUUCUUGACCAGCUUACUAUUAGCUUUUUCAAUCAUUGUCCAGAUUAUUUUGGGAUAAAUUCAAACAAACUUAAAUACUGUGAUUGUUAUUUUUUAAGAACUACUGGGAUUCAAAAUUUUGCUUAUGCAUAAAAUUUGUUGAGAUUUUUCAAAGUAAUUCGACUCUCCCGGUUUUCUUGAUCUAUGUAGUUCUGCUUCAUAUUUUCCCCAUUCAAUUCACUUUCUUUCUUGUGUUACCUUGGUCAUUAUAGUUAUCUUCUUGAUUAUUUAAUAAAUAUCAAGUGUUAUUGUACUUACAUUACAUAUCUCCUUACGUUGUUCAUCUGUUAUAAAUGGAUCAUUGUUUUUAUUAUUUUUUGUCACGUAAGUAUUACAGUUUGUUCAUAUUGAAGUUGAUCAUAUUUUAAUGUGAUAACUUCACUGUGCCACAUUCCUUGUAAUACACUCUUGUUCAUUGCAAUAAUUUGAUUGUUAUUGAAGUCAGUUAGAUUUUUUCUUUAGGGUAUCCAUGGUAUCAGUAUUUUAUUUCUCAUUUAUACAGUUAUCAUAAUUUGUGAUUGUGUCUUCCUUUCUUUUCUGGACCAUGUUGGUAAUUUCUCUUCAUAAACUGAUCAAUUUAUCUAUAGAUUUGUUUUUUUUGACCACUCUUUUGUCACUACUCCGUAUAUCAUCAAAGGGACGUACACGUAAAACUUCCUUACAUAUCUGUUUGUGUGUGUGUGUCUAUGCAGUCAAAAGCUUUUGUGUCUUUAUGAACACAUGUUACUAAACCUAUUCAUCACGUAGUUGCUUUGUACAGUUCUCUUAAUUUACACUAUUUUUUGUUUCUUUAUUAUUGACUUUCUUUGUUGAUUCAUUUACACAUUGCAUGCAUCUAUGUUUUAGUCUUUUCCAAAUUGUAUCGUUAAUUCAUCUUGCUUUUUGUUAUUGCGUAAUCUGCUUUACUUUUUCAAACAUCGUAUAGCCAAGAAAAUUAAAAAUUUUACUAUUUAUCA